ACGCGCAGGCCGCCGCUCCCGGCGUGCCCCGCGGCGACCCAGCCGGCUGCCUCAGGCAGCCCCGCGGGGCCGGCCGGGCCCAAGCUGCGGGAGCAUGGCGCUGAAACGGAUCCAGAAGGAACUGACUGACUUACAGCGGGAUCCUCUUGCCCAGUGUUCUGCAGGACCUGUGGGUGAUGACUGUUUUUUGAAGGUUUCUCUGUGUAGCCCUAGCUGUCCUGGAACUCACUCAGUAGACCAAGCUGGCCUCUGCCUUCCUAGUAUUGGGAUUAAAGUGUUCCACUGGCAGGCCAGCAUCAUGGGCCCGAAUGACAGUCCUUACCAAGGAGGUGUUUUUUUCCUGACCAUCCACUUUCCUACAGAUUAUCCUUUCAAGCCGCCAAAGGUUGCUUUCACUACCAAAAUCUAUCACCCUAAUAUCAACAGCAGUGGAAGCAUUUGCCUGGACAUCUUGAGGUCGCAGUGGUCCCCAGCGUUGACUGUGUCCAAAGUUCUCUUGUCCAUCUGCUCUCUGCUCUGCGACCCCAACCCUGAUGACCCACUGGUGCCAGAAAUAGCCCAUGCCUACAAGGCCAACAGAGAGAAGUAUAACAGACUAGCAAGAGAGUGGACACAAAAAUAUGCUAUGUAAGUGCCUCGAAGGCUCCAUGGGAGAUACUGUUCAAGAGAAGCUUGCCAGGCAGAGUGGCCUUCAUGUGAAGCUCUGAGCUGUUGGCUAAGGCACUCCCAGAACAUCGUCUGUUCACACAUGUGUUGGCCAUUCACUUCUCUGGCUGCAGCAUAUUGGUGCCACUUCAGCCAUUGUGUCCUUGACAGUAUCACACCUUUGAUGCCAAAUCAGAGACCAUCGUUAUGAUCUACAGUCUUCCUGGUUACACUGGGGCAUCUAUGCCCUAGUCUCUCUGCUUAUCUCUGGGGAAUCAAGCCAUGCAUGAUGUCACUCCUUACUGUUGCACUGUCCAGGGGCCCAGUCUGCUCCCUGACCAUAUGCCCUUGCCUUUAGAGCACAGUGCUUUCUCUUGAGGGCCCAGGGUAGAGUGGGCCUUCUUCAUGAGUGGGCUUUCUUCAUACGUGGUCUGCUGCAGACCCAGGUCCUCAGGAAUCUGAGUGCAUCCCAGAGGCUCCUAGAAAUGGAAACAGCAUCACUCGAAAGUACUUCUGCUGUCCCACCACUGCAUUUCUCUCCUACACCAAACAGCAAGCAAGGAGCAUCAGGAUAUAUAAAGCAGGUAACACCAAGAAAGAGGGAAAUGAUCAGACAUAGAAAUCUGUGGGUUAUGCUUUUGUAUGUGAUGAGGCUUUCCCCAGCCUCCUCCCACAGGGAACUUAACAUGAAAAUCAGGCAUAAGCUGUUCACAGACUGGAACACGGGAAGGAAAGGAACUUUAAAUGCAAAUAAAAAGAAAAUUCCCUCAGAAGUGACAGUUAA